CCAUCUCAAACCCUCCUGGAACUCGACAACGUUUAGGUGAUAAUCAAUUACUGAGAGUUACGAAACUGGGGAGCUGAUUAUCUUGGUAUCUUUUAUUCGGUGAUUAACUGAAUCUCACAAAUGGCGUCCGCAGAGGUACAGAAAGUGCCCGUUUACUCGGCCAAUGACCUGAAGUCUACAACGGACGACGCCCUCGCACCUUACCUGGGCUACCUCCCCCAACCCUACACCUUCGCCCAAGACCACACCAAGACCAACGUCCACCUAUUCCUGGGCUACACUGCCGUCGCGAUUGCCGGAUUUAGCUUCUACGCUGAGCGCAAACUACAGUGGGAGUCGACGCAUUCGCCAUGGAUCAUCGCCGCGGUGGUGACCUACUUCACGCUGAACUCGCUCCUCACGUACUGGGUCUGGGCUGUCGAGGCGGGCGAGGUAUUCCGGGGGAAGCGCAAGUCGGGUGAAACGAUCUCCAUUCGGUCGUCAGUGAAGAAGCACACCUCUCUUUACAAGCUCCAGAUUCAGUACAAGUCGGCGCAGGGCAAGGUGUUGCAGGAAAAGGAGAUCGAGACGUCGUUCACGAAAUGGUUCGCCGCAGAUGGAACGUUCCACCCGGAGCCUCUGCGGAAUUGGCUGGCUAGUGAGAUUGAGGUUCUUCGGCUUGCGGCGAAGGAGACGGAGAAGAAGACUGGGGGUGUGGCGAGUUUGGUGGGGGUGAAGGAGACGGAAGAUGUGAAGAGAAAGUGAUCUGCGGUGCAAUGUGGUUUACUGGAAAUUAGUGUGGAUUGGAAAAGAAUUAGGAGUUUGUCCCAGGUUGUAUCAGUCUCUGAAAUGAAACUACCUUGUUGUUCAAUUUGAAGGGGGUGUUUUCGUACUGGGUCAUAAGGACCCAGUGUAUCCGGGAUGGUUCAUAUAGUCAUUUCUCAUGCGUUGAAUUGCUCAGGAUAACCAGAGCCAUGUAGGUUCUAGCC